GCUUCAAUGUGUAACUCGAUCUGCAUGAAGUUACACUCUUACAGAAUUGGCUUUGCUCUAAUAAAAGGUAGAAUUUCGUCGGCGACAUCUGUGCACUCCCAGCAUCAACAUCCCGCCUGAUUAAUGAUGCCCUCUUUCUUUUCUGUCGGCUUAUAACUGGGACAAAGACUUUCUCCAAGUUUGGCCUGCCCCUUUAACAGCAGUGCAGCCCUAGUGGUGAUUAUCGGACUGUCCGAUUCCCUGGAAACUCUGCGGCGCAGCUCUCACUUUAAACCGGGAUCAUGGCGGCUCCGCUCGGGCGGGACACGCUACCUGAACACUGGUCCUACGGAGUGUGUAGGGAUGGCAGGGUCUUUUUCAUCAACGACAAAACUCGCAGCACUACUUGGCUCCAUCCCCGCACUGGUGAACCUGUCAACUCAGGACACAUGAUACGAUCAGAUUUACCGCGGGGAUGGGAAGAGGGCUUCACCGAGGAAGGCGCCAGCUACUUUAUAAACCACAACCUGAGGACGACGACAUUCAGGCAUCCUGUGACGGGACAUAUAUCCUCAGAAAACACGGACUUCAUUUUACAGGACCAGGCAAAUUUACGCAUGUCCAAGCCACCACCAGAGCCGAGGCCUCCUAGUAUGGUCAGCGAGUCCUCUGUCACCGUCUCCUCAUCCCCUGCGGACACCACCUCAGGAUCCAGGAGUUUGAAACCCAGUGGGAAGGUGCAUUGCUUUGGCAAGCGUGACCAUUCCAUCAAAAGGAACCCUAAUGUCCCAGUGGUGGUAAGAGGAUGGCUCUACAAACAGGACAGCUCAGGCAUGAGACUGUGGAAGAGGAAAUGGUUUGUGUUGUCUGAUUACUGCCUGUUUUACUAUAAAGAUAGUCGAGAGGAGACGGUUCUGGGUAGCAUUCCUCUGCCCAGCUAUGUCAUUUCCCCCGUGGGACCCGAGGACCACAUCAGUCGCAAGUAUGCCUUCAAGGCCUGCCACACGGGAAUGCGCUCCUACAUUUACAAUAAGAAUUCUCUGAUUGGCUCGCAGGCCGAGCACUGUGGCAUGAGGACCUAUUUCUUCAGCGCUGACACACAAGAGGACAUGAAUGGCUGGAUCUGGGCCAUGAACCAGGCUGCGCUGAUGCAGAGCCAUGGCGUGAAGAGAGAAGCCGAAAGAAGCUUCAAAUCUGAGCAGCAAGCAGUCCCUCAGACCAACCAUUUCUGCAGCAGCAUCCAAAGCUCCUCCCAGGCCGAGGCCCUCCAGCAGACAGCACAUGUGGAGGUGGUAGAUCUGAGGCCGGAGCGAGAUGGGGAGGACUGCUACGUUUACAGCAAGGAAUUGAUGGAGGAUCCUGUUAAAAUCUCCUCUGGAGAGUUGGAGAUGGAAGGGAUUUCCCAAUCAGGUGCCCAUUCUCGCCCACCUUCCAGAGUGCCCACUCACAGGAACGGGCUGCCCCCCUCGGGCAUACCUCCUGAUCAGAACGGGAACGUGGUGUAUAAGAGGGGUCUCGUCCCCCGUACAGACACAGAGAAAAAGGUGCAAAGGAAAACUGCGCUGGCUCAGGUCGAGCACUGGGUGACUCGAGGCAGUUCCCCACCAGUGCCCCGCAACCUGCCUAGUGACUACAAGUACGCCCACGACCGUCUUAGUCACUUUCGUAGUCCCACUGAUGAGCGGAUGGCCACUAAAGAGGGCAUGGUGUGGCAGCUGUACGAAUGGCAGCAGCGCCAACAGUUCCGCCAUGGAAGCCCCACUGCACCAAUCUACACCGGCCCUGACUACAUGGACACGUCUGCCUUCAGAGUUACUCUGGAAAUGCCACGAUCCAUAUCUGUGCCACCAUCACCAUGUGACAUACCCCCACCUGGCCACCCCUCCAAGUUCUUGUCCCCACGCAGGCCCCACACGCCCUCAGACAGGGUGACGGUGCGCCCGCUGGAUGACUUCGCCACCGUGGACACUCCCAGUUUGGGUUCUCCCAGAGGAAUAUGUUCCCAGAUCUCAAAGACCUCACAAAUAGAGAGGAGAUCCAUGCCAACAAUGGGAUACAUCACGCACACAGUCAGUGCACCAAGUCUGCAUGGAAAAACGCCGGAGGAGUUGACCCUGCUGCUCAUCCAGCUCAGGAGACACCGGGCCAAGAUGGCCAGUGUGCGCAGCGACACAUUCACACACCUGCAGAACCAGCACAACGGCCUCUCAGGCCCCAGUUUGCAGGCAGAUGACACUUACAUCCAGCUGAAGAAGGACCUGGAGUAUCUAGACCUGAAGGUAACUGGACGUGACUCACUUAAAGAUCGACCACCUCGGCCUGUUAAAAUAGCUGAAAGUGACAUAGAUGUAAAGCUUAGUAGGUUAUGCGAGCAAGACAAGAUCCUACAAGAGCUGGAGGCCAGGAUACGCACACUCAAAGAAGAUAAGGACAAGCUCGAGUCAGUUCUGGAUGUUUCCCAUCAGCAGAUGGAGCAGUAUCAGGAUCAGCCCGCCCAUGCAGAGAAGGUUGCCUAUCAACAGAAGUUGUUGCGGGAGGACGUGGUCCACAUCAGGGCGGACAUCUCACAGGUGUCCACGGAGAUGGAGAACGCUUGGGCAGAGUACAGCCAAUUGGAGAGAGAUGUGGACAGAUUGCGUUCAGCCCUUCAAGACCAGAUGACCCACAGUGCUCUCUCUCAGCAGGAGAAAUCUCAGCUGAGGAAGGAGCUGUGGCGGAUCGAGGACGUGCUUGCAGGCCUGAGCUCCAGCAAAGCCAACUACAAAGUGACCAUUGACUCUGUUCGGAAUCCAGGUGAGAGUGGGCCCCUGCCUGCCAUCACCCCCAUGCACUGGAACACAGACCGAGAGAGGAAACUCGUGCCUUCAGCGUCAUUGUCCGCAGUGCCUUCUCUCUCUGCGAGCCCAUUCAUGGGUGAACUGAAAGCUGCUCAGCCCAGCCCUCAUCUCAGCCUGGUGCAGUCUACCCAGCAGCCCUUGCAGCUCUCACAUACAGCGCACAAGCCAAAAUGGCCUGAAGAAGACGCUCCACCCAGACCCCCUCUCCCUCACCUCUACAGUCCAGACGAACACCCCCCGGCUGUGCCCCCUCUCCCCAAAGAGACCUCCGUCAUCCGCCACACAUCAGUCCGUGGCCUGAAACGACAGUCUGAUGAACGGAAGCGUGAUCGUGAGAUCGGGCAGUAUCCUAAUGGAGACCAUACGGUUGAGAUACGAGCGUUCCUGAGUGAGCCUGAACUGCUGACAGUUGGUGGCUUGAGCCGUGAUAGUGGCUACCAAACUCUACCAAACAGAGGUUUGACAGGCUCAUCUUCAAGACUGAACCAGUCAUCAAACAUUUCAUCGUUUGUCACCCUCAGAAGAGGACUCACCACCACAAGCUUGAAGGAGAGACCAAAGAGUGCCUUGGAGCGACUGUACUCUGGGGAGCCCAUGCAGCAGCGUAGCCGCAUGAGCGCCGAAGAGCAGCUGGAGAGGAUGAAGCGUCACCAAAAGGCUCUCGUACGGGAGCGCAAGAGAACGCUCAGCCAGGGCGAGCGGCAGGCUUCCUCAUCUCGUGCCUCCUCCACAUCCAAAUCCGUGUCUGCAGACCUGGGAUCAUGGAGGAGAGAGCAGGACUUUGAUUUGCAGCUUCUGGAGCAGGCCGUGCAGGGUGAAGAGAGACCAGUCGAGCACAGAGAGAGACAGCGCUCUCGGUCAGACGAAUGGCUCACCCUGAGCAGCACACCCAUGAGAGAACUAGAUUUGGAGCCUCUGGACUACCAGCUGGACCUCAGCAAAGAGCUGGCAAAGCCACAAAAGGUGGCCAUCCCUGAGCGCUAUGUGGACAUGGAUCCAGAGGAGCCCCUCAGCCCUCAGGAAAUGGAGGCCAGACAUCGUAAAGUGGAACGAAUCAAGAGCAUCCUGGCUAAGUCUAGUGUCCAGAAUAUACCUCCUCCUGCAGCAGUAGACAAGCCGGUGCUGCCGGACAUAGACUCGGCUCUACAGGAGCAAGAGAGAAUCAUCACCAUGUCCUAUGCCUUAGCAUCAGAGGCCUCGCUCAAGAGCAAGCAAGUGGCAGCCUCACCGCCGGUUAACAGUCCCACCUCCCUCCCUCAACCUCCACCACCUCCUCCUCUUCCUCCCCCCGCUCCUGUUGCCGUCUCUACGGCUCAGUCUGCUCCCCCUCCCCUGAGCAAUGGAUUUCACUACACCUUUGUCUAAUCAGAGAAAAACAAAAGAGAAGGAGGGUGGAGAGUGUUUACCUGUCUACUAUUUAGUAAGCCAAAGCUGUAUCUGGAUAUUGAGGUGCUGUCACAUUCUGAAAACCCCACUAGUGGUGGACAAACUUAAGCUCAGCUUAUCGAAUCACAUCGCUCACAUUUAGAGAUGACCUUAGCGCACUUUUGGACUCACAUGGGAACUCACUUCUGAAAUGCAUUUUUUGUAGAGCUAUUAUUUGAUAUGGGCUUUUUGCUGUGGAAACUGCUGUGCAUAUGCUGUACAAAAUCUAACCAUGAUAACCCAGAUAUAGAGAGCCAUUUUAUAUACAUUACUGCACUUUUAAUAUGCACUGUAUUGUAGAGAACAUUCAAAGCUCAUGUUUUACUUCUCAAGGCAAGACAGAUGUUUGGAUGGAGUUCAGUUUGAAAACAACGGUAACGUAAUAGCUAAAAAAAAAAGUAUUAUACAUGUGUAAUGCAUUAUGAACAUGAAGGGUACAACAAUGUCAUGUCGAUUGUAUUUUGUCAAUUCAGAUGAUAUUCUUACACCAAAUCACUUGAAAUAUUAUUUUUAUGUAUCCAGCACUGCCAGUUUCCAGUUAGCUUGCCAAAUGCAUUUUAUUUUUGUUGACAAAGGUAAGGAAAAAAAUAACAUUAAAUAAUAUUUUCAGACAGGAUUUGUGGGGAAGGGGUUGGGGAGGGAAAUGCCACAUACUUUUUUAAAGAAACUGUAAAUAUUAAAGAUAUUAACAAGC